AUGUCUAAAGCUGUUGGUAUUGAUUUAGGAACCACAUACUCCUGUGUGGCUCAUUUUGCAAACGAUAGAGUUGAAAUUAUUGCUAAUGACCAAGGUAACAGAACUACCCCAUCUUUUGUUGCCUUCACUGAUACCGAGAGAUUGAUUGGUGAUGCUGCCAAGAAUCAAGCUGCUAUCAACCCAGCAAACACUGUUUUCGACGCCAAGCGUUUGAUUGGUAGAAAAUUUGACGACUCAGAAGUUCAAAAUGAUCUUAAACAUUUCCCAUUCAAGAUUGUUGAUAAGGGCGGUAAGCCAAACAUCCAAGUUGAAUACAAAGGUGAAACCAAGGUUUUCACCCCAGAAGAAAUCUCAUCCAUGGUUUUGGGUAAGAUGAAGGAAACUGCCGAAGGUUACUUGGGUGGUACUGUUAAAGAUGCUGUUGUUACCGUUCCAGCUUACUUUAACGAUUCCCAAAGACAAGCUACUAAGGAUGCCGGUUUGAUUGCUGGUUUGAAUGUCUUGAGAAUCAUCAACGAACCAACUGCUGCCGCCAUUGCUUACGGUUUAGACAAGAAGGGUUCUAAAGGUGAACACAAUGUCUUGAUCUUUGACUUGGGUGGUGGUACUUUUGAUGUUUCGUUGUUGGCUAUUGAUGAAGGUAUUUUCGAAGUUAAAGCCACUGCCGGUGACACUCACUUGGGUGGUGAAGAUUUCGACAACAGAUUGGUCAACUUUUUCAUCCAAGAAUUCAAGAGAAAGAACAAGAAGGACAUUUCUGGUAACCAAAGAGCAUUGAGAAGAUUGAGAACUGCUUGUGAAAGAGCAAAGAGAACCUUGUCUUCAUCUGCUCAAACCUCAAUUGAAAUUGACUCAUUGUAUGAAGGUGUUGAUUUCUACACUUCAAUUACUAGAGCUAGAUUCGAAGAAUUGUGUGCUGAUUUGUUCAGAUCUACUUUGGACCCAGUUGAAAAGGUUUUGAAGGAUGCCAAGAUUGACAAGUCACAAGUUGAAGAAAUUGUUCUUGUUGGUGGUUCUACCAGAAUUCCAAAGGUUCAAAAAUUGGUUUCCGACUUCUUUAACGGUAAGGAAUUGAACAAGUCUAUCAACCCAGAUGAAGCUGUUGCUUACGGUGCUGCUGUCCAAGCUGCCAUCUUGACUGGUGACACUUCAUCCAAGACCCAAGACAUCUUGUUGUUGGAUGUUGCUCCAUUGUCAUUAGGUAUUGAGACUGCUGGUGGUAUCAUGACCAAAUU